GCAGCCCCCGGCGCUCCGUAUCGCGUCACUGCGCGGCGCCGGCGCGUGCAGCCGCCAUGGCCGACAUGGAGGAGCUGUUCGGCAGCGACGCCGACUCGGAGGCCGAGCAGAAAGAUACUGAUUCUGGCUCGGAUUCCGACUCCGACCAGGAGAACGUGGGCUCCGGCAGCAACGCCUCGGGCAGUGACAGCGAGCAGGAUGAUGAGCGGGAGGCAGCAAAGCCCAGCAACAAGGAGCUGUUCGGAGACGACAGUGAGGACGAAGGAGCCUCCCAUCACACGGGCAGCGACAACCACUCCGAGAGGUCGUACAAUCGCUCCGAAGCUUCGGGGCACUCUGAGCAUGAAGACAACGAUCAGUCGGAUGUGGACCAGCACAGCGCUUCAGAAGCUGCUCAUGAUGAUGAGGAGGACGAGCGGGGACACGGCUCUGAUGAGGGCAGUCACCAUUCUGAGGGAGAUGGUUCAGAAAAGGCCCAUUCGGAGGAUGAGAAGUGGGGCAAGGAGGACAAAAGCGAUCAGUCAGACGAUGAGGAGCGACAGCAGAACUCUGAUGAUGAGGAGAGACAGCAGAACUCAGACGAUGAGGAGAAAGCACAGAACUCUGAUGAAGAUGAGAGGCCUCAGAUGUCUGAUGAUGAGGAGAGGCUCCAGAAUUCGGACGAGGAGAAGAUGCAGAACUCUGAUGACGAGGAGAGGCCGCAGGUGUCAGACGAGGAGAAGAUGCAAAACUCAGACGAUGAUGAAAGAGCCCAGCACUCCGAUGAGGAGAAGAUGCAGAACUCUGAUGAUGACGAAAGGGCCCAGCAUUCCGAUGAGGAGGAGCAGGAGCAUAAAUCUGGAGAGUCUGCGAGAGGCAGCGAUAGUGAAGAUGAAGUCUUGCGAAUGAAGCGAAAGAAACCAAUUGCAUCAGAUUCAGAGGUGGACAGUGAUACAGAAGGCCAGAAAGAACACGCAGAUGUCAUGGACCUGUUUGGAGGAGCAGAUGACAUUUCUUCAGGAAGCGACGGGGAAGACAAGCCACCAACUCCAGGACAGCCCAUUGAUGAGAAUGGGCUGAGCCAAGAACAGCAGGAGGAAGAGCCUAUUCCAGAGACAAGAAUAGAGGUAGAAAUACCAAAAGUAAACACAGAUUUGGGUAAUGAUUUGUAUUUCGUGAAGCUGCCCAACUUUCUCAGUGUGGAGCCCAGACCAUUUGAUCCCCAAUAUUAUGAGGAUGAGUUUGAAGAUGAGGAGAUGCUUGAUGAAGAAGGGAGAACGAGAUUAAAACUUAAGGUAGAAAACACAAUACGGUGGCGGAUGCGGCGAGAUGAGGAAGGGAAUGAGAUCAGAGAAAGCAAUGCCCGCAUCGUCAAGUGGUCGGAUGGAAGCAUGUCUCUCCACUUGGGAAAUGAGGUCUUUGAUGUGUACAAGGCACCGCUGCAGGGAGAUCACAACCAUCUGUUUAUCAGACAAGGGACCGGUCUGCAAGGACAGGCUGUUUUCAAGACCAAGUUAACCUUCAGGCCACAUUCUACAGACAGUGCCACGCACAGGAAGAUGACUCUGUCUCUGGCAGAUAGGUGUUCAAAGACCCAGAAAAUUCGUAUCUUGCCAAUGGCAGGUCGUGAUCCAGAGUCUCAGCGCACAGAAAUGAUUAAGAAAGAAGAGGAGAGAUUAAGAGCUUCCAUUCGCAGAGAAUCUCAGCAGCGAAGAAUGAGGGAGAAGCAGCAUCAGCGUGGUCUGAGUGCAAAUUACUUAGAACCCGAUCGCUAUGAAGAAGAGGAUGAGGGAGAUGAUGCGAUCAGUCUAGCAGCUAUCAAAAACAGAUACAAAGGUGGCAUCAGAGAGGAACGAGCUAGAAUCUACUCUUCAGACAGUGAUGAAGGCUCAGAUGAAGAUAAAACACAAAGACUACUCAAGGCGAAGAAACUUACUAGUGAUGAGGAAGGGGAGCCUUCUGGAAAGAGAAAAGCAGAGGAUGAUGACAAAGCAAGUAAGAAGCAUAAGAAGUAUGUCAUCAGUGAUGAAGAGGAAGAUGAUGAUGAUUAACAUUGAGGGAGCACUAAAGUUGAUUUUAUAUAUACAUAUUUAUAUAUAAAUUGUACAGUUCUCUUACAACAAAGAUGUAAGUAGCCAUAUUGGGGUUAUUUUGAUAAAGGAAAAUUCCAUUGAAAUUUGUGUUUCUGGUGUGAAUAAAAGUUGGUUUCUUUCUUUUUUACUUUCUCAUAUUUUUACAUCUUAUCUUACUGCAGCAGCUGCUGCAAUGGGGAUCAUCACAGCACCAGGUUUUAAGUCUUGUACAGUGCAUUUCAGUUUUGAAAACCGUAGUACAAACUGGUUGUACAACUGAAUAAAAGUGAAUAAAUUAGUGGUCUUACUGAGUUUAUUAGAAGAAAUCAUAACCUUCAUAUAGAAUGCUUAAAUUGUAAGUUUUCCCAGAGAGGUUAUGGAGGUGAAGGUUACCAUUUGUACAGAAGAUUUGGAGUAACAUAUGAGUGCUACAGCACCAUACUGUUUUUUCCUUAUUUACUGCUGGCUGUGGACAUACUACAUGCAUUACUAUGCUGUUAUAUUUUGAUAUUUUUGACUGAAUGUAUGUCUUAUCAUAUCUACUCUGAGUAAACUGUGAAGUUUCUGUAAUUAGAAUAGUGAACCAACCACAUAAGAUGUUUAUUUUUCCACAAAUUGAACAAAAAUCCAUGUCUCUGAGUGUUAGCAUUAACAACAAUCACAUUAGCGAUGUAAAUGUCAGAAUAGAAGCACUUGUUUAUACAAAACUAAUGAAUUUCUGCAAGGUCAUGAAAGACUUCUUUAACAACUGCAGUGAACUGCACUCAUACAUAUCCUAGUAAUACCAUUUUGUAAUCUCAUACAAGCCUUAUGAUGCAUUUUCCUGUUGUUACUGGUUGGCUGAAAAGACGAUGGAGGAGAAUAUUGUGGACAGAAUCAUAGCUGCUUUUAUGCUAUUUUUAAACACCUUAUUUGAUUAUGCAAAUAGCAUUGCAAAAUGAGAGGCUACAAGAAAUGUCUCAUCUUUUCCACUCUUUAAGAUUAUGUUUCCCACAUGUAGUUUCCCUUGUUGGUGAGAUAGCAUUUCCAUGUUAUCUGUGUUGUUUUUUAACUGGCUUUUGACAGUCCUAGAAAGCUUGCAACUUCGUAGAGACAGCAGGAAGCAAGCAGAAAGCAUAGCUUAAUGCCUCUUUAAAUGCAUUGAGUGGUGCUAUGGAAAGUUUGCUGUGUGGACUGAUGUUUCGUAAGAUAAAGUAGCUAACAGUUAUGUAAGAAUGAAUGUUACUCAUCUUUCUCCUGCCCAGAUGAAUUAUGCUUUUCUAUAAAAACUGUUGAGUUACAGCUUUUAACCUGGCUGUCUUGCCUUUGAAAUGUGUAAUUAGGCAAACAGUUUACUGAAGUAAACUACCUCCAUUUUUCCUGCCUGGAAGGUGUGGGAAGCAUUCUAGCUGCAGAGCACAGAGCUCUGCACACGUUAAUAUAUUCUGCUCAGCAGCUGACUGCGGUGCAGACACUUGCAAAUAUGAAAACAAAGUGAAAAAUGUCUACUCUGAAGUCUGAGUGCCUGAGAAACUGUUCUUGUUUUUCUUUUGUAAUUGUUUCUAAGAGUUUCUGCCUCUCUUCCCUGUGCAGAUAAAACCUUUCUCCAUCUGCUCAGAUUUUGACCCUGAAAUCCUCUUAGGUUAGACCUCUGCUGGGAGUCUGGCUCCUCACACGUGGUUACCUGCUUUUCUGUUGUAACCUGCUCAGGAAGAAGCCAGCUGUAGAAAAAGGGAGUUGUUUCUUGUGCUGUGUGGAUGCUAGACUUUCUUGUCAAAGUCUCCCAGGUACCUCCUAAGCAGCAAUGCAGUGUAUGGAAGCACACCACCAUUUCACUGCUGAUGUAUUGCUUAAUGUCAGUUUAAUUGAAGCAUUAUUUUUACUAUAUUCCGAAGAGUGAAAAUGUUUUAAUCGCUCUUACAGGUUCGAUGCUGACUAAGCCUUUGCUUAGUAAGUGGGCUACUUUAGCUUCCAAAAAUGAGGCUUUUGUGGAUUUAAAAGAUUAAAAGAAGUGGGUUUUUUUCUGCUGUCUUCCUUUGUAAAUUGCUCUUUUAAAGUCUUAUUAAAACAUGGAAUUUUAGAAAGUGUUUUCUCAGCCUAAAUUGGUUUAACAAUCACCUUUUAAUUAAAGUCGCUUGAAUGAA